AUGGACUUCGAGGCAGUGAAGGACCAAUGGAACGAAGUCGAAGAUCGUGAUGGUGUCCGACUUAGCUGGAAUGUAUUUCCCAGUACACGCAUGGAAGCAUCGAGACUUGUCGUUCCGAUAGGAGCCCUCUACACGCCCUUGAAGGAGAAACCAGACACUCCACUGCUACAAUACGAACCUGUCGUGUGCAAGCAGCCAUGCAAAGCUGUCCUAAAUCCUUUCGCCAAUGUUGAUAUUCGUGCAAGAAUAUGGAUCUGUCCUUUCUGCCUCCAGCGGAAUCCACUCCCUCCACACUACAAAGACAUAUCAGAGACGGCAAUCCCUCCAGAACUUCAUCCCUCCAACACGACCAUCGAAUAUCAGUUAGCGCGGCCGGGUCCGGCUCCGCCAAUAUUCGUCUAUGUCGUAGAUACUUGCCAAGAAGAGGACAGCUUAAAGGCAUUAAGAGACUCCCUGGUGAUGAGCUUGUCCCUGCUUCCGGCAAACGCAUUAGUUGGCCUGAUCACAUUUGGGACUAUGACACAAGUCCAUGAACUCGGCUAUGCGGAAUGUGCCAAAUCCUAUGUUUUUAGAGGUAGCAAGGACUAUGCAGCAAAACAAGUCCAAGAGAUGCUUGCCCUUACUACACCUGGAAUUCGACCGAACGUCCCCCCUGCACAAGGCCGCCCCCCGCCGCCAGUGGGCGCUGCGGCUCGCUUCUUGCUUCCAGUACAGCAGGCAGAAUUUCAAAUCACAAAUGCGCUCGAACAGAUGCAGAGAGAUCCAUGGCCAGUUGCUAACGAUCGAAGAGCUCUAAGAUGCACUGGUGUAGCUCUGAGUGUGGCUAUUGGUCUACUAGAGACUUCCUUCCAGAAUGCCGGAGCUCGAAUAAUGCUCUUUGCUGGGGGUCCAGCCACCGAAGGUCCCGGUCAAGUCGUUGGUCCAGAACUCCGAGAACCAAUUCGAUCGCACCAUGAUAUUGACCGCGAUAACAUCAAGUACUAUAAAAAGGCUGUCAAAUUCUAUGACAAUCUUGCAAAGCGGACAGCUCAUAAUGGUCAUAUCGUCGAUAUCUUUGCUGGUUGCCUCGAUCAGGUGGGUCUCCUUGAAAUGAAAGGUCUUCCCAAUUCGACUGGAGGCCACAUGAUCUUGACAGACAGUUUCACGUCUUCUCAAUUCAAGCAAUCCUUUGUUCGCGUGUUUGACAAAGAUGCUCAAGACCUACUACUGAUGGGUUUUAAUGCUUCUCUUGAAGUCUUGACUACCAAAGAGUUAAAGGUGACAGGACUGAUAGGCCAUGCGGUAUCUCUCAACAAGAAAUCAGGCUCUGUUGGCGAAACCGAAUGUGGCAUUGGCAACACCUGUGCGUGGAAGAUGUGUGGUAUAGAUCCAACUGCAAGCUAUGGGAUAUAUUUCGAAAUUGCAAAUCAGGGCGGUCCUUCUGCCAUGCAACAAGGACCUGCUCGAGGAUCUAUGCAGUUUCUUACAUAUUACCAACAUUCAGGGGGUCAGUAUCACCUCCGAGUCACAACUGUUGCCAGAAAUCUAAGCGGUCCUGCUGGUGAUCCAUCCUUGGCCCAGUCGUUUGACCAGGAAGCGGCAGCAGUUCUCAUGUCUCGCAUUGCAGUGUUCAAGGCAGAGGUAGACGAUGGGCCUGAUGUGCUCCGAUGGGUCGACAGAAUGCUCAUUCGAUUGUGUGCUCGAUUUGCCGACUAUCGCAAGGACGACCCAACCUCUUUCCGUCUAGAGAAGAACUUUACCCUUUAUCCACAAUUCAUGUUCCAUCUUCGCCGAUCCCAGUUCCUUCAGGUCUUUAAUAACUCACCUGACGAGACAGCUUUCUACCGGCAUGUGCUCAAUCAUGAAUAUGUUGGAAAUUCUCUCGUUAUGAUCCAGCCGACAUUGGACGCCUACAGCUUAGAGCAUGAAGGCGCUUUGCCAGUCCUACUCGAUUCAGCUUCGAUUCAACCUACCCACAUACUUCUGCUUGAUACAUUUUUCCAGAUUCUGAUCUUCCACGGCGAGACAAUGGCAGAGUGGCGAAAAGCAGGAUAUCAGGAUCAAGAAGGAUAUGAAAAUUUCAAAGCAAUUCUUGAUGCCCCAAAAGAGGAUGCUAGGGAGCUCGUACAGGACAGGUUUCCUUUACCAAGGUUUAUCAUAUGUGAUGCCGGUGGCUCUCAAGCACGCUUCCUCCUUUCCAAACUCAACCCUUCCACAACACAUGCCAGUGGAGGAUACGGUGGAGUUUCACAAACAGCGCAGACCAUAUUCACUGACGACGUCUCCCUACAGACCUUUAUGGACCACCUGAUGAAACUUGCGGUGUCGGGCACAACCUGA